AGAGGACAAAUUUCACAACCAACGGAGUUAGCGGAAUGUUUUAAUAAUUAUUUCACCAAUAUUGGUCCAGAUAUUGCCAAAAAUAUCGACAAUGGUGACAGAAAUUUCAAGGAUUACAUCACGACAACAACUAGUAGCUUUAAUUUUCAAACAGUGUCUGAGUCGAACGUAUACAGACUUCGGUUAUCUCUAAAUCCUCGUAAAUCUACUGGAAUUGACAAAAUCCCUGCUAAAAUUAUUCGCAUUGCUGCUCCUGUAAUUACAAACUCAUUGACAAAAAUUUUCAAUCUGGCCAUUAUAAGUUCAACUGUUCCUUUUGAGUGGAAAAUAGCAAGAGUCACUCCCAUAUUUAAAAACGGCCCACGAAACUUAUUAAACAACUAUCGCCCCAUUUCUAUCCUCCCUGUAGUAAGUAAACUUUUUGAAAAAGUAUUAUACGAACAACUCCAUGAGUAUCUUGUUACACAGGAGUUGUUGUCCCCUCGUCAAUUUGGUUUCAGGAAGUUUCAUUCUACAGCCUCUGCUCUUUUAGAUAGUACAAAUGAAUGGUUCAUUAAUAUGGACCGUGGUUUGUUUAAUAUAGCUGUUUUUCUGGACUUACAAAAGGCGUUCGACACCAUAAAUCACGACAUCCUCUUAACGAAACUUGAUCUUUAUGGCCUACAGAAGCCAUCAUUAAACCUUUUAGGAUCCUAUUUAGCGAAUAGAACCCAAAUGUGCUCCGUUAAUGGCGCUCUGUCGGGCACGAAGUUGGUUACAUGUGGAAUCCCUCAAAGUUCAAUUCUUGGCCCACUCUUAUUCUUGAUCUACAUUAAUGAUCUGCCUAACAGUUUGGAGUACGCGUCGACAAGAAUGUUUGCCGACGAUACGACUCUAACUGUAUCUGGCAAGUCAAUCCAAGAUGUAGAGGUGGCCAUAAAUCAUGACCUUACCAACGUUAAACAAUGGCUUACUGCAAAUAGAUUAUCUCUUAAUCUAGUCAAAACUGAGUAUCUAUACUAA